AUGUCCGGCGAAGCGUGGCUCUACCUGUUGGCGGUGUUGAUCAACGCCGUCAACCUGUUUCUGCAGGUGUUCUUCACGAUUAUGUAUAGCGAUCUGGAAUGUGACUACAUCAACCCUAUUGACCUCUGCAACCGUCUCAACGCCUACAUCAUCCCCGAAGCUGCCGUCCAUGCCUUCCUUACUUUCUUGUUUGUAAUCAAUGGCUAUUGGCUUGCGAUCUUGUUGAACCUGCCUCUGUUGGCGUUCAAUGCCAAGAAGAUUUACGAUAAUGCGCACCUGUUGGAUGCGACCGAGAUCUUCCGCAAGCUCAACGUACACAAGAAGGAAUCUUUCAUCAAACUGGGUUUCCACCUUUUGAUGUUUUUCUUCUACUUGUACAGCAUGAUCGUUGCCUUGAUCCGCGACGAAUCUCAUUGA